UCCGCCCCUGCUCCACCCCCGCACCAGAGGCCCUCUGCGGGUCACACAGGAACAUUAUGGCGCCUGGAGGAGCGCUAGCUUCGGGACCACUCGUAGUGUAAAGGACCGGUGUUUACCCGGCAGGAUGAACCUCUGCGCCCAGUACCUGCGCCAGGCAGAGGCCCUGAAGGCUGACAUGACAGACUCAAAGCUGGGGGCUACAGAGGUGUGGACCUCCCGCCAGGCCCUGCAGGACCUGUACCAGAAGAUGCUGGUGACGGACCUGGAGUACGCUCUGGACAAGAAGGUGGAGCAGGACCUGUGGAACCACGCUUUUAAGAACCAGAUCACCACGCUGCAGAGCCAGGCCAAGAACCGGGCCAACCCGAACCGCAGCGAGGUCCAGGCCAACCUGUCGCUGUUUCUGGAGGCUGCCAGUGGCUUCUACACUCAGCUGCUGCAGGAGCUCUGCACCGUCUUCAACGUGGACCUGCCGUGUCGCGUCAAGUCGUCUCAGCUCGGUAUCAUCAGCAACAAGCAGAGCGGCGGCAGCGCCAUCGUCACGCCUCAGCCCAGCUCCUGCUCCUACAUCUGCCAGCACUGCCUCGUCCACCUCGGAGACAUCGCUCGGUACCGUAACCAGACCAGCCAGGCAGAGUCGUACUACAGACACGCAGCUCAGCUGGUUCCAUCCAACGGUCAGCCCUACAACCAGCUGGCCAUCCUGGCCUCCUCCAAAGGAGACCACCUCACAACCAUCUUCUACUACUGUCGCAGCAUCGCCGUCAAGUUCCCGUUCCCGGCAGCUUCCACCAACCUGCAGAAGGCUCUGUCCAAGGCUCUGGAAAGUCGUGAUGAGGUGAAAACCAAGUGGAGCGUGUCCGAUUUCAUCAAAGCGUUCAUCAAGUUUCACGGCCACGUCUACCUGAGUAAGAGUCUGGAUAAACUGGACGCUCUGAGAGAGAAGCUGGAGGAGCAGUUUCAGAGGCUGAUCCUGCAGAAAGCCUUCAGCUCCCAGCAGCUUGUCCACAUCACCGUCAUCAACCUGUUUGAGCUGCAUCACCUCCGAGACCUGACGGCGGACAGCAACGAGCCGAGCUGCAGCGGCGAGCAGCAGAUCAGCUGGUUCCAGCUGCUCGGACUCUUCAUGUCCUUCCUGGGAGUGAUGUGCAGCCGGGUUCUGCUCAACAAGAACCAGGGGGAGGAGAUCAUGGGGGAGUGUCCUCUGCCGGCUAUCAAGCUGUCUUUGGACUGGCUCAAACUGAGGCCCAGCAUCUUCCAGGAGGCUGCAGUGGAGAAGAGGAAGUAUAUCUGGCCGUGGCUGGUGUCCAUCCUCAACAGCUUUCAGCCCAGAGAGGAAGAUCUGUCCUCCUCUUCCUCAGCGAUGCCCCUGCCGGAGGAGUUUGAGCUCCAGGGUUUCUUGGCUCUGCGACCCGCUCUCAGGUGUCUGGACUUCACAAAAGGUCAUCAGGGAAUCCUGGUGGAUCGGGACGGUCUGCCGGUGCACGCCCGCCACCAGCGGCUCACAGCUCUGGGAAAAUGGGUGGCGGACAACCAGCCGGGGCUGAUCCAGUGCCAAGUGAACGAGGACGGCCUCCUCCUCUUCCUCACUGACAUUCCAGAGGAGGCCAUCGAGGAGCCGCAGGAGAGGGAUGCUCCGGUGCUGCAGGAGUCAUCCAACGGCGAGCAGACCCAGAACGAUAGCGGCAACUCGGGCCUGAAAUCGGUGCUGUCCGCCGGGAAGACUCAGAGCUCGUGGUCCGACAGCAGCGAGCGGCCCGUCGUCACCUUCAAGGAAAACAUCAAACCCAGAGAGCAGAGCCAAGAGCCGGCACGGAACCACCCGCAGAAAGAAUUCAGCAAGGAGCGCCGGGAGUUCCCUAAAGGAAACGGGACGGCUGCCGGGAAAGGAGAGAUGAAGAGGGACGGGAAGAGGAAGAGCGAGAUGAAGAAGGCUGGGCAUGAGAAAACAGCUGAUGUUGGAAAACAGGUGAAGGCUCAGACGGAGCUGAGAAAGACUCCGGUUUCCGAGGUCAAGAAGACUCCAGUCACACAGACUCAGACCACAUGCUCAUCCCAGUUCAUCCCAAUCCAUCAUCCUGGAGCGUUCCCACCUCUGCCCAGCAGACCCGGUUUCCCACCCUCAGCCUAUGUGAUCCCUCCUCCUGUGGCGUUCCCAGGACUCCAGGUGAAUCCAGGAUUCACCUUCUCCACGGGAGUGUCGGUGCCUGCUUCUUUCCUCCAAUCAGCUGUUCACAACCAGGCGGGCACCCAGGCCGGGAAGCAGUCCCACAUUCCCUACAGCCAGCAGAGACCUUCGGGGCCAGGGUCCUCAGGCCAGGGCCCGGGGCCCAUGAACCAGGUCCCCUCCCCGGCCCAGCAGCAGCAGCCAUCCCCCCAGCAGGCCCUGCAGCAGUCGGUCCAGCUGCAGGUUCAGGCCCUGAGUCAGCAGCAGCAGUCACCCACCAAACCGGUGCAGCAGGUUGGGAUGGGCAAGAGUCCGCCUCACCACCCGGGACUGCAGCAGUACAUGCAGGUCCAGGACCAGCCGGCACCCAUGUGGAGCCAGUCUCAGGCGGCCCUGCAGAAGAUGUGCAUGAAGCAGCCUCAGCAGCAGCAGCAGGCCUUCUUCAUGGGAGCUCAGGAUCCUCUGAAGCUGUAUGAACAGCAGCUGCAGCAGCCCGCUCAGCCUCAGAUCUCCAACUUGGACAAGAAGAUGAAGUUCCCUGACGUCAAGAUGCAGGACUUCUACUGGGAGCCAUCCUACCGUAUGGACAGGAUGGGGGAGGGGUUGGCAAUGAUGGUAGAGAGGAUGAAGAGGCCUCCGCCUGGUGGGUUGUGUGGAGAGCAGGAGGUUCCUGCAGGGCCCCGAGGAGCCACAUUUGAGGACAAGAGCUCGCCUUUCCUACCUCCUGACCUGUUAAAAACUCUAGCAGAUUUUGAGGAGGACGAGGAGCUCAUCUUUGCUAAGCCUCCUGAUUUCUUCCAGGCCUUGGCCGGCCCUCUUAGCACUGCUUCUGGACCAAAUAUCUUUCUGCCAAACCAGAGCAGGAUGGAGAGCAGCCAGGAGGUCGUCAGCCAAUCUUCUUCUCUGCUGCCCAUCACCGGCUUCCCCAUGCAGGAGUUUAACCACACCAGCAUCUUCAGUCGGGCGUAUGGUAAAAACCUGCCUCCCAGCUCCAAACCUGAUGCUCCCAUGAUGCAACAGGAGCCCUCCCUGUACUCCCUGUUUGAGGGGAACCCCUGGUCCCCCUCCCUCCCUGCCAGCUCAGACCACUCCACCCCGGCCAGUCAGUCCCCCCACUCCUCCAACCCCAGCAGCCUGCCCUCCUCCCCACCCACUCACAACCACGGAGCCGUGUCCUUCUCCAACUUCGGGCCCAUCGGAACUCCGGACAGCCGAGACCGCCGGGUCCUGGACCGCUGGAAGGCAGAGAAACCAGGAACCGGCUUUGGUCUGGACUACCUUCCAGCUGCAGCCACCUCCACGGCGCCUGAUUCCAGCUGGCACCAGGGUGGCUCCACGGGGAGCUCCUGGACCAACCAGGAGUCUCCUAUGGAGGAGUCAUCUUCAACUGUGCUGCUUGAUAGCCUGAAGUCCAUCUGGUCCAGCUCUAUGAUGCAGCCGGGCCCGUCGGCGCUGGAGCAGCUCCUCCUGCAGCAGAAGCAGAAGCAGCAGCGAGGUCACGGCGCCAUGAACCCGCCGCACUGAACGGCAGCGCGAGGCGGCGCUUUGUGUCCGGACGAACCACCACCAGGAGGAACGAAGGGAAACAAACACACAUAAAAAUGGGAAAUUAAACCGGCGAGAAACGGUGGAGGCUGGGGAGGCGACACAACCCCCCCGACGAGGCUCAAUCACCACCCCCACCCCCCUCGGCUGUUCGAGGAGCAGUGACGCCCCUCCUGGAUCGGAGGGUGCGGGAUCUCUUGACCCGCGGUGUCACGCUGCCGCCGGGUUUCCUUCAACCGGCCGAAAUCUGAACUUUAAGGAACCCUCCCAGCAACACCUUGGACCCCCAAAUUCAGACAGACGCUACAUCUGAACAACUCCCCUCUCAUCUAGAGAUCUUCUUUCUUCACAGAAAAACGUUGGACCUCCUGGACGUCUGCUUGGAUGUACGGCAGACUGAAGCGGGGUCAUUCUGAGAGGGCGAGGACAGUGUGGUGCUCUGGUUUAUGGGGGGGGACAGGUGAAGCGCAGGGGGUGAAAUACCAGACUGGACUUUCUGAUCUCUCCUUUCAUUUCAUUGGAGUGGAGGAGGACGAGGAGGACGAGGAAGAUGGAGGUUUACAGCUCUUUAAAUAUCUACUGAUUAUAUAUCGGCAUAGUUGGACUGUGGGAGGGGCUUGUGGACAGGAAGUCUCCCAGGGUGGGCGUUGGUUCAGCGACGUGACCUUCAGGAAGGACUAACCUGAAGACUGGAGGAGGAUGCUGGGGAACGUUGUGGGACAGAUGGGAGAACCAGCGUGGGAGGGGCUGAGAUCGACCCGGUCCGUCUUAGUGUUACUGUUAGCUUACAGAGAUUCCAGAUAUUAACUCAAAAAGAAAAAAUGUAUUUUGUGAUUUGUUUGUAGCAGUUUUAGCUUCUCGCCCUCUGAGGAGGACACGGCUUCAUCCGUUAGCUUCUUGCCUGAAUCCUUCCGGGCUUUUCUGCCUCUACUUCCUGCACCGCUUUACUAAAUGAAGAAAAAAACUAAAGGUGUAACCCUGCUUGCUUCCUGAACCGGCAUCUCCUCUCUUUCUCUUUCUCUUUCUCUUUCUGUUCUUGUUUUAGUCGCAGCUCCUGUGUGCCUGCUCGCUGUCCCGCUGCUUUCUGGCCUCAGACAGGUGUGUCCAGGUCGCCGGGUCCAUCCAAAUGUUCUGAAAGCUUCCUCUUUAACGAACAGUGACAUCCUGAAGCCUCGCAGCUUUUUCUUCAGCGUUGAACUGAAGGCCAGAAACUCGAGCUAAAAGAAGCGAAUUCAGCUGAAACUUGUUAAAUUAUUCGGAGAAAAUCACCUGCAUGAUAUUAAAAACAUUGGAAAACUUUACUGAUCAGAAGCAGUUUGGAGAAAAACUAAAGUUUGUCCAAAGCCAAUAAAUUCUGGUGCCGAGUAUAAAUAAAUCCUUCUAGAAACCUCGUUAAGGACGAGAAAGGUCCUGACCGAGACCAUCCACGUCUUCAUCUCCAGCCUGAAGCUUCAUAAAUCAGGGGCUGUGGCGACAUCUUAUGGUCAGAGGUGGUCACUGCAUCUUGUCUGAUUGGGUUUCCAGUUUUACUUCAACCUAACUGGAACAAAAAACUCAAUAUUACUCAGAUAUGUAUGAUCACUGCGUGUUCUUCUUGAUAAAUGUAUGUUUCUGGAACCUUCUGUAACAGAACAUAAUGGUUCUGGGUUUUAGGUUGGAUACCGAACAUCCCAGCAGGAUAAAAUCAUCACUCAUACUGUUGAGCUGUUAAAGGGUGUGUAAAUAUUCAGUUAUGAAAAAUAAGGUGCAGUUUUUGUUCUGAAACUUCUGCUGAUUAUUAAUUAUUGAUGGCUUCAGUUCUGCUGUUUUACUGCACUUAACAUGUUGGUGUUGAGCUGCAGCUCAAAGAAAUCUGCUGAUAGUUUUAUUUAAAGUGAUUAUUUCUGUCUGAAACAAUAAAAGAAGCAGAAAAGUUUCAUCUGAAAACAUCAGAAAUAUUCAAGCAGUUUGUUUCUGCUCGCUUCAUUUUUAACAGGAGCUGAAAUCACCUGCGACCUUUUAAUUUCACUUUUAUCAAACUCCUGAAGGUUUAAAGGUUAAAGGCUUGGCCCUGGUGUUUCACAGCCAAUCAGAGUGGAGCGAGUGCCAGCCGGCCAAUCAGGACUCUGUUAGGCCGGCUAGGUCAGGUCCGACUGCAGGGAUGUAACUCAUGUUCUGUUCAAAUGAAAAGAGAAAUCAUUUUACACGUCUGGUUCCUCUGGUCGUGCUUCAUGUUGCAUUUAGAAGAUGUCUGAAGAAAAGCUGAACUGAACCUGAGGACAAAUGUGGCCAGAUCCAAACGUCUGUUUUCAUGUAGUAGGCUCUCCAUGAGGUCCAGACCUGGUUCUGGUCCUGGUUUUACUCUGAUCUGGGGAGUUGUGUGGGUUUUUGGGUCCUCAUGGUUUGGAUCAUCAGACUGGUGUUCUGGUUCAGGUCUGAGCUUUGACUUCAUGUGUUUGUCUCUGUAGACGUUCAGAUUUGGUGGAAUUAGUCUUUCAAUAAAUGUGAACUAUCUUCUCCCUUGA